AUGCCGGAUGAUGGUUUGUUUGUCGAAGAAAGGUUGUCAUAUGAGGGAUUGAUUAGUAAGAUUUGUAUGACCCUUGGUUGGGAUCCAGCACACGUGAAACUCCACCUUUCUUUGAUUUUCGAUAGUCCCGGUGGUAGGCGUGUAGUGAAGAUCAAGAAUGAUUCGCAUGUAGAGUUCAUGAACCGUGUAGAUCCAAUGUCAUGUUUGGAUUUAUACAUAGAUUUGGAAGAUAUCACUCAAGAAGAAAGAGAAGCGAGUUUGGAAAACGUGUCAUUUGGUGAUUUUCGAAGGGGGAAACGUGCUAGUACUUCUCGAAACCAUAAUGAAGAGGAGACACCUUUAUUUGCACAAAAUGACUACCGGGAAGAGUUGGAUUCCGACUACAUAGCUCCAAGUGAAAGCGAAGAAGACUGUGAUGUCUCCGGAGAGAGUGAUUUUGAAGAAAGUGAUGAUGAAAGGUUGGAAAAUGAGGAAAGGGAUUGUAAUCUAUUCGCCCGACGCCAUGUAUAUAGUAAGAUGGGGAACUGGGAUGCCUCAUGUGUAGACAAGGAUGAGUUUGCUCUUAAGAUGUGGGAUGAAACGCCCGAAGGAAUGGACAUUGGUGUUUGUUUCAAAACUCAAUCAGAAGCAAAGCAUGCUGUGAAAUUAUGGAAUAUCCAUCAUAAAAGGGAAUAUACGGUCGCCGCGAGUAGUCCAAGGACGUGGGCUGUGCGGUGCAGAACAUUUAAUGUGGAAAGUGAGGAUGGUGAACCACCAUGUGAGUGGAAGAUGCGUGUGUCAUUGAAAGCUCACGGCCUUCAUGAAAUUAUGAGAUGGCAUGAUGCACAUAAUUGCAUGACUCCUGUGAAUGAUAAUGACAAUCGGAUUGAAAUGGCGACGCCGGCAUCGGGCUCCCAAUAUGACUAUCAACCUAAACAUCUUCACUCGGGACCUAUACAAGAUAAAAUGCUAUAUCGUCAAACAAAGCAUAGGUCCCAAGCUGUCUAUGAGAACAGGAUACCGGACAUUAAAACAUUCCGCCUCAAGGGCCGUAGGUACGACAGUGAUUUUUGGGCGUUAUAUAAAAAUACGGCACCGGAGGUUAAGGAAGUCAUUAGGAGAGCCGAUUUUGAGGGGAUCAUGAAGGUAUGGGCCUCAGCGGUACACGGUGAAGUAUUGAACAACAUUCGCAAAUUUGGUUUUGGACCGUUUUCUAGAAUUGGGUCUAUAAGAUGUGACCAUGCCCUGCUUACAGCUCUUGUGGAGCGGUGGCGCCCUGAGACCCAUACUUUUCAUUUACCUUUUGGGGAGGCUACUAUCACACUGCAGGACGUUGAGGUUCUUUUGGGGCUUCGGGUUGAUGGACUUCCGGUUACAGGAGAUCAUACCAUGCCUGAAGGUGGUUGGGUUGCCUAUUUGGAGAGGAUGUUUGGAUUCAGGUUCCAGACAGAAGAGUCCAAAUUGACUAGCUCCCCCCACGAGGCACACUUAGAGCGAGCCCGUUGUUUUGUUGGAUGGCUAGUUUGCGGAUUACUGUUCUCUAACACGACAAGAAACAGUUUUCCACUCGAUCUUGUGCAUUUUCUGCAUACUCCCGAGAUAUGCUCGGAGUACAGUUGGGGCUAUUACCGGCUGUGUGAUUCUUCUUCAGCCAAAGAUACCGGGUGGGAAGCUCAAUCUUUCUCAUUGCCCAUGGGCACGAGGUGGUCCCGUGAGAAAGAAGUUCAAGGUAUCACGCGGUUCAAUUUGGCCGCCUACCGGGAUCAGCUUGCAGUUCUCGCAGAGUCAGAUUUUGUAUGGAUGCCGUACACGACUCUUCUGGGUCGUAUUGCCAGGGUUUGUCUUGAGGGACAGGGCAUCUGGCGAUCUCAGACAUGGCUCAUAUGCGGUGAUGUCGUUGCGCCACAGAACCCCAGUAGGGAAAUUACUAGCCUGCUUAAGAGGAAGCCGUUUAGAGGAUCCGAUAGGAGAUGGAUACAACAACUAGGCAUAUAUCUCCAGGUUUGGAAUGAUCACCACGGCAGACUUGUCGGGACUGAUGAUGAUUAUGUUGGCGAGCUUAGAGCAGAUCCGGAGUAUCUCUUGUGGUACCAUCAGGUUACUAUAAAGUAUGUUACGGAUCCGGCGGACUCUGAAAACACGAGGGGUUUUCAUGGCUCUGCAGAGACCUUGCGUCUCAUGGCCACUUUGAUGGAGGACACCCGACCCAACAAUAUCCACCUCCUAGACCUCCGAGGCCACCAACAGUCCCAUUUUGCCUUCACUCAGUUUUCCUCCCCUCUGACUUCUCAGCCUCAGUUUGGAGAUUCUUUUAUUGACUUUUCUAGGUUCCACAUCAGGCUGAUGACCCAUCUGGAGGUGAGCCGCCAUGAGGAGCAGGGAUCGAGUCAGACUCUAGGGACUCCACCGUUGGCUAAGUUCUUUACCCUGGUGUUGUCAGCGCCAUUCAUCGUUGCAGCCACUGGAAGACCCAGAGACAUCCUGAACUUGUUACCUGUCGAUCCUCCGCGUCCUCGCUUCGACAUUUUUGCUGUCUCCCCUGUGAGCAACUAUUUUCUCUUCUUCGGAAACCUCACAGGGGAGACAGCAAAAUUGUCGAAGCAAGGACGCGGAGGAGCGUUGGGUAACAAGUUCAGGAUAUCUCUGGGUCUUCCAGUGGCUGCGACGGUGAAUUGCACCAACAAAACCGGGGUAAAGAACCUCUACAUCAUUUCAGUGAAGGGAAUGAAGGGUAGGCUCAACCGUCUCCCUUCUGCUUGCGUCGAUGACAUGGUUAUGGCCACCGUCAAGAAGGGUAAGCCCGAUCUCUGGAAGAAGGUCAUGCCCGCAGUCAUUGUCCGCCAGCGCAAGCCAUGCCGCCGAAAGGACGGUGUCUACAUGUACUUUGAAGAUAAUGCUGGAGUGAUUAUUAAUCCCAAGGGAAAAAUGAAAGGUUCUGCAAUCAGUGGUCCCAUUGGAAAGGAGUGUGAUGAUCUUUGGCCUAGGAUUGCAAGUGCUACCAAUGCGAUUGUUUAA